AUGAUUGUAUAUAGUUUUACAGGAAUUCGUAGUGCCGGUUCAUAUACACAAUAUAUUUAUACUUUGCGCGAGUGGAAGGGUUUUAAGGUUAAUAAUAAGAUGGGAGGGAGCGGGAAUACGGUAAUUACUAAUCUUUAUACUUUUAUAUUCGAGAGUACUACUUUUAAGAAGGCUAUAUUUUGGGAGCACUUUGAGUCUACUAUUGCUAUUGAAGCGGGGUUGAAAGUUAUUAGUUUUAAACUAUUACACUAUAGUCUUUACUCUUUAUACGGUACCCUUACAUUAAAGGUAACCGGCUUAGGGAGUUUAACCUUCCUCUAUACUAGUAUAAGAUUAUUAACCGUCCUCUUCCAGCCGGAUAAGAAGGAAUACGUUACGUAG